ACCAAAACGCACCCUCUCUGUUUCUCUAUCAGUUUCAAGUCUCUUUUCCGUCAUCAUCCUCGACGUCCCAAAACUUCUAAAUUAUACACCAACAUGUCCUGCCAAUCACUAGAUCCCUCAAGCGGCAUAUGCUUCGGCACCAGCAACAACAUCACCUUACUCCUCCAAACCUUCAAAAACUGCUGCAGCCUCGCUCCCAUCGUCCAGUACUACGACACUUAUGGAUGCAGUGCUUAUUGUCCCAUCAUGCCCGACCGCCGAACGGGCGAAUCGCUCCGGGAUUGCAUUGCCGAUGCUCUGGGGACUGGCUCGUGCUAUGCACCACUUGAUAAACCUGCUGCUCCGAGCGUUAUUGCAAGAGCCAGCGCGGCUGCGAAAGAGCCUGUUUGCUCUGUUUGCGCUGCUGCAGCUGCGACAUCUACAACUGGGGCUGCGAUCAGGAUGUAUAGUGCCGAUACGGGUUCAUGGAAGACGGGACUGACCAUUGGAGUCGUAAUAUUUACGGGAAUGUUCGCCGGAGGGUGUUUGAUUUAAAAUUCGGGCUGCUACAUCUCGACCACGAAGGUGACCUUUGAACACUCGAGUACGUGUUGCGCUGAAUUAGACGAGGGAAAGCAUAAUGUCGAUAACCAUAUGAAGGAAGGCCAUAGAAAACAUUAGAU